CGCUGUGGUUCUGCCCUCAUAUCAGAGCUCUGGUUCACGGUUUGUCGUCAUGUGAACAUCUCUUUUGAAUGUUGUUGGGGGAGAAAUGGAAGCAGACACAGGAGCCGGUGUGUCCCGGGCGGAGAAGAAAGCCCUGGACAAGGCGAAGAUCGUGCACCGGGAGACCGAAAGGAACGUGUUGAAGACGGUCACACGGAUCUUGAAGAAGGCGGAGGACGAGCGAACGGAGGAGGAGGCACGCACGCUUCUCCGGCACCCGUCGGCGGUUGAGCAGGUCCGGGGGCGGAGCGUCCGGAGCGGGCAGCAGAGGAGGAGGAGGGAGGAGGUGUGUGACGGCGUGGAGGAGCUGAGGACCAAGGUGUCCCAGCUGGCUGCCGCCGUCCGGUGCGCUCAGCACCUGGUUGUCUACACCGGAGCCGGCAUCAGCACGGCCGCAUCGAUCCCGGACUACAGAGGACCCAACGGGGUCUGGACGCAGCUGCAGAAAGGACAGGCGGUCAGCUCGUCUGACCUGGGGAGGGCCGAACCCACCCUCACACACAUGUGUAUCAAAGCGUUGCAUCAGCAGAAUCUGGUGAAGCACGUGGUGUCUCAGAACUGUGACGGGCUGCACCUGAGGAGCGGGCUCCCCCAACACGCCCUCUCUGAGCUGCACGGGAACAUGUUGAUCGAGGUGUGUGCAUCGUGCAUCCCGGCCCGGGAGUACGUGCGUAUGUUUGACGUGACGGAGCGCACAGCGCUGCGCCGCCACGCCACCGGGCGGCGCUGCGGCCGUUGCGGGGCGGAGCUCCGGGACACCAUAGUCCACUUCGGGGAGCGAGGAACGCUGGAGCAGCCGCUGAACUGGAGCGGGGCGGCGGCGGCGGCCGGGAGCGCCGACCUCAUCCUCUGCCUCGGCUCCAGCCUCAAGGUUUUAAAGAAGUACGCUUGUCUGUGGAGCAUGAACCGACCGGCCAAGAGGCGGCCCCUGCUCUUCAUCGUUAACCUCCAGUGGACUCCAAAAGAUGAUUUGGCGACACUGAAGAUCAACGGGAGGUGUGAUGAGGUGAUGGAGCUGCUGAUGGAGGAGCUGGACCUUCAGAUUCCUCCGUACAACAAGGCGGAGGACCCCAUCUUCCACCAGGCCACGCCCCUCAGGCCGGAGGAGGAGCUCAGUCACACCCGCUGCCUCAUAGCACCCCCUGCUGGCCAGGAGGACCAGCCCCCCGACGCCCAGGGCUCCGCCCCCGACGCCCAGGGCCACGCCCCUCCGGCCCCCCAGCCGGUGCAGGGCGGUUGGUUCGGGCGGGGCUUCUCUAAAGGGAGGAAGAGGAAGAAGAGGAAGACUGUUUAACACCACAGAGCUCCACCAGCCUACUGCACUGCAGUCAUUGUUGCGUUACGUUUUAUAUCCUGUGAUUAAAUUUAAGUUAGACGUUUAAA